AUGAAUCGUCGUCCAACCAAUUACGGCGAUGCGCCGCCUGGAUAUGGCGACCAAGAGACCGCAUCUUUUUUGUCAGACGUCGAGUCCCCUACCAAUUCACGACUGAACGGCGGAACAAUGCGCUUGUUGCCAACCAGUGGUGACGGCGCCGACGAUAUGGACCCUCAUCCAAGGGCCCCUUCGCCUUCCCACUACAGUUAUGACCCUGUUUAUGACCACACUCCUGCAUUGUUUCUCCCCAUCACCAUCCUACAGCCAGCUUCAGGCCAAAUGGAGCGCCCUCUGAGACCGAGGUCUAACACCAGGACGCGAUAUUCUAGUACCGGACGAGAGCCAUCAUACGACCAUUAUUACCAAGUUCCAAGCGUAUCUUCUCCAACACGCCCUCCAUCUAGCUUGGCUAGUGGCCCUCACAUGCCCCCUCCUACAGCUAGUCUAGCCGACGAAUCUGUAUAUCCUUCUAUCCCUCCUCGCACGGGCUCUCCCAUCCGCCCAUGGAGCCCCUCCCACAUCCGUCCUCCAUCGGUCUCAAGUGUCGGAUAUGAGCGUUCAGACAUCAAUGGAAGUCCCAGGCCUGGAACUCCCAGCUCGAGAUAUGGUGGCAGUCCCCGCCGCCCGCUGCCUCCUGCUCCCCUCUUCUCGGGCCCGAAGUCCAGCGCCGUAGACUCGAGCAUUGAUAUCAGCGAUGGACUUACAGACGAUGACCCCUUCGGCGGCGACGGCCGGACCAUCAACCACACAUCACGCGGCAGCGUUCGCUCCUUUAUGAGUGAAUCUACAAUGUUGGGCGACGAGAAGGAUGAGAUGCACAAGGUCGACCUUGAAGACGAUCUUGACGAUGAUGCAUCCGGCAUGAUCGAUCCAAACCUACACUAUGGGCCUGCCCCCGAAAAGCAGGGUCGUCGUGGUGUUCGCUCGAAGCAGGUCGCCAAGAAGGAGGUUCAGCUGAUCAACGGUGAGCUGAUUUUGGAGUGUAAGAUUCCGACUAUUUUGCACAGCUUCCUGCCUCGUCGUGAUGAACGUGAAUUCACUCACAUGAGGUACACGGCCGUCACCUCCGACCCCGAUGACUUUACCGACCGCGGAUACAAGCUGCGUCAACAAAUUGGAUCGACUACUCGUGAGACCGAGUUGUUUAUCUGUGUCACGAUGUACAAUGAGGACGAGAUUGGUUUCACGCGCACAAUGCAUGGUAUCAUGCAGAAUAUCAGUCACUUCUGUUCUCGAACCAAGUCUCGUACUUGGGGCCGUGAUGGUUGGAAGAAGAUUGUUGUUUGUGUUGUUUCCGAUGGACGUAAGAAGGUCCACCCGCGAACUCUUAAUGCUUUGGCUGCCUUGGGUGUCUACCAGGAAGGUAUUGCGAAGAACAUCGUCAACCAAAAAGAAGUCCAGGCCCACGUCUACGAAUACACGACACAGGUCUCUCUUGAUGAUGACCUCAAGUUCAAGGGUGCUGAGAAGGGCAUUGUUCCCUGUCAAGUUAUUUUCUGCUUGAAGGAGCACAACAAGAAGAAGUUGAACUCUCACCGAUGGUUCUUCAAUGCAUUUGGCCGCGCCCUUCAGCCGAAUAUUUGCAUUUUGCUCGAUGUUGGUACCCGUCCCGAACAAACUGCUCUGUACCACCUUUGGAAGGCCUUCGAUCAAGACUCGAACGUUGCUGGUGCAGCCGGUGAGAUCAAGGCUGCUAAGGGAAAGAACUAUCUCGGUCUGCUCAACCCACUUGUUGCUAGUCAGAACUUUGAGUAUAAGAUGUCCAACAUCCUCGACAAACCAUUGGAGUCGGUCUUUGGGUACAUUACUGUGUUGCCUGGUGCCUUGAGUGCCUACCGAUUCUUCGCUCUGCAGAACGAUGCAGAUGGACAUGGUCCCCUCAACCAAUACUUCAAGGGUGAGACUCUGCACGGUCAAGAUGCCGAUGUCUUCACAGCCAACAUGUACUUGGCCGAGGAUCGUAUCCUUUGCUGGGAGCUUGUCGCAAAGCGAGAAGAGCGAUGGGUGCUGAAGUUUGUUAAGAAUGCCGUUGGUGAGACUGAUGUACCUGAUGCUGUUCCCGAGUUCAUCUCCCAGCGUCGACGUUGGCUCAACGGUGCCUUCUUCGCGGCUGUGUACUCCAUUUUCAAUGCCAAGCAGAUCUGGAAGACGGACCAUACCCUGGCUCGAAAGAUCCUGCUUCAUAUUGAGUUCUUUUAUCAAUUCCUUAACCUCCUCUUUACCUACUUUGGCCUUGCCAACUUCUAUCUUGCUUUCUACUUCAUUGCUGGCUCCUUGUCAGACCCGAAGAUGGAUCCCUUCGGUCAUAACAUGGGCAAAUACAUCUUCAUUGUUCUGAAGUAUGCGUGUGUCCUGGUCAUGUGUUUGCAGUUUAUCAUCUCUCUGGGUAAUCGACCACAAGGUGCCAAAAACCUGUACUUAUCCGGUAUUAUUGUCUACGCUAUCAUCAUGUUCUACACUGUGUUCUGUGCACUCUACCUCGCGGUCAAAGAGUUGAUGGCCCGAGCUGGUGUAGGAAGCGACGAUAUGGAAGUUGGCGACGGCUUGAUGAUGAACAUUGUCAUCUCCAUGCUUUCAACCGUCGGUCUCUAUUUCUACAGCUCCUUCAUCUACUUGGACCCAUGGCACAUGUUCACCUCUUCGGUCCAAUACUUCCUGCUCAUGCCGAGUUACGUCUGUAUUCUCCAAGUCUACGCCUUCUGCAACACCCACGACGUUACAUGGGGAACAAAGGGAGACAACGUGAUCAACACUGAUCUCGGUGCCGCAAAGGUCAUCAACGGCUCCACCGUCGUUGUCGAAAUGCCCUCCGAGCAACUAGACAUCGACUCAGGCUACGAUGCCGCAUUGCGCAAUCUCCGUGAUCGCCUCGAGGUCCCCGAGCCCCCACCAUCCGACUCCCAGCUCCAAGAAGACUACUACCGCGCCGUGCGUACCUACAUGGUUUCCAUCUGGAUGGUCGCCAAUGUCGUCCUCGGCAUGGCCAUCUCAGAAGUCUACGGCGUCGACGCAGGCGGCACAAACGUCUACCUCGCCAUCAUCCUCUGGUCCGUCGCCGUCCUCGCCGCCAUCCGCGCAGUCGGCUCAACCACCUACGCCAUCCUCCAAGUUAUCCACAAGAUCGUGGAAGCAAAGACCAAAUUCGACGCGGGCAACAUGACAAACUUCGCGCCCAGCGCAUACGGUGGCUCCAGCGUUGGCCCUGCUUCUGAAACUGCGAAAUCUUCUUCCACACGCCCAGUUCGGUAUGGUGGUGGUGCUACCUUCAAGGACAAAAUUAAUGAGGCGCGCUGGUCUGCUGGCCGUGUUGCUAACAAGGCCAUGUUCUGGCGGAAGUAG